GCAGUGACGCUGACGGCGAAUGCAGACGACAUGCCGUUGUCGACAAUUAUGCAGCAACAACCAUAAGGCAUAUUAGUAACGUUAGUCAUAGGCAAGUAAGCAAGCAAUACCAAAGAAGGCAACGGCACGGAAGAGGAAAAAAAAAACAAUAAAGCCAGCCAAACAACACAUACCUUGAUAAGUAUUCGAAGCGGUUAUUGCACAAAGCAACGUAAUUUGGUGAAAGGCAAGGAAGACGACUCCAUCAUCACCAACACUAACAACAACACCGCACAUAACCCGCCAACAUGUCCGCAUCGCUAAUGCCUUUGUCUGAGUCGCAAAAAGUGGAUGGCAAUGGAGGAGAUGGUGGCGCUCGCGAGUUCGUCGAAGGUUGGACACUUGCGCAAACACUUGGCGAGGGUGCCUACGGCGAAGUAAAAUUGUUGAUUAAUCGUCAAACCGGCGAAGCUGUUGCUAUGAAAAUGGUCGAUCUGAAAAAGCAUCCGGAUGCUAUGCUCUCCGUACGCAAAGAAGUUUGCAUACAAAAAUUGCUACAAGACAAGCACAUACUGCGCUAUUUUGGCAAGCGUUCACACGACGAUGUGGAGUAUUUGUUUUUGGAGUAUGCAGCCGGCGGUGAAUUAUUUGACAGAAUUGAACCCGAUGUUGGCAUGGCACAACAUGAAGCCCAAAGAUAUUUCCUGCAACUGCUUUCCGGCGUACAAUAUUUACAUCAACAUGGCAUAGCACAUCGCGAUUUGAAGCCCGAAAACCUUUUGCUGGACGAACAUGAUAAUAUUAAAAUAUCGGAUUUCGGCAUGGCGACAAUGUUUAGAUACAAAGGCAAAGAACGCUUGCUGGACACCCGCUGCGGCACUUUGCCAUAUGUGGCGCCCGAAGUGCUUGUGAAACCCUAUCAUGCACAACCUGCCGAUAUUUGGUCCUGCGGCAUUAUACUGGUCACAAUGCUGGCUGGUGAACUCGCCUGGGAUCAGCCAUCAACAAAUUGCCAAGAGUUCAAAAACUGGACUGAUAAUGAACGUUGGUCAACACAGACGCCAUGGAGCAAAUUGGACACAUUGGCGAUAUCGUUGCUGCGCAAAGUUUUGGCCACAAAUCCUACAUACCGACUGACACUGGAGAAAAUUCUCGAACACAAAUGGUGUAACAUGCAAUUCAAUGAGAAUGAACAUUCACACGAUCUCGUUGACUCGGCCGCUGCGCUCGACAUACACUCACCGAAAGCCAAACGCUCACGACAGCAUUCGUCGAAACAUCGGCUCACAAAUCAUUUCGUCGAUGACACGAUAUCGCGCAACUAUUGCUCCCAACCGAUGCCCUCGAUACCGCUAGAUUUGACGGAUGUGGGUCUGGCAGCCGAUGGUGCCAAUAACAAUCCGGCUGCAGCACAGGAGGCGCGCCUCAAUUUCUGCUUCUCACAACCCGCGCUGCUGGACGAUCUGCUCGUGUGCACGCAAAUGAAUCAAACACAAUCGGCAUCGCAGAAUGUCUUCCAUCGUUUGGUGCGUCGUAUGACGCGUUUCUUUGUCACCACACGUUGGGAUGAUACCAUCAAACGGCUGGUGGCGACUAUCGAACGUUUGGGUUUCGCCUGCAAAGUGGGCGAUGGUGGUGUGGUCACCAUAUCGACCAUUGAUCGGCGGAAACUGCGCUUGGUCUUCAAGGCGUACAUCAUCGAGAUGGAUGGCAAGAUUUUGGUCGAUUUCCGUUUGUCCAAGGGUUGUGGUUUGGAGUUCAAGCGUCGCUUUAUUAAAAUCAAAGAAUCACUGGAAGACAUUGUAUUGCGUGGACCGACCACAUGGCCCAUUGCGAUAGCGACCAAUGCAGUGCCUUAAAAAGUAUGCCGUUUUAUCCUAUGUCCAAUGGCACUCGAAGUUGUACAAUGACUGGCAGUUACAAUGCAAUUGCCAAAUUUAUUAUAUAUAUAUAAUUUUUAGACUAUAAUCCAAAGUCAAUUUCCUACACACAAAUUUAUACAAAGAAAAUAUGUAUUCUUUUAUUUAAUGUUAUCACUACUACUCAUUUGUUUUUGUCGCAUUAUUAUUGUUUUUGUAUUCUCAUAUGCUCAUUGAAUUUCACAUAUAGUUUUAGUAAUUGACUUAGUUGCGUUUUUUUUUGGCUGUAUUAAUUUAUUAGAAAACACAAAAAUCAGACAAAUGUUAAUAUACACAUUUUAUGGAAAUCUUAGUUAAAUAUAAAUAAUUCGCUGAGUUCACAGCAAAUGGAAAGUUAAAUAAAAAUGUUUUUCAAUUGUUUUUUCUUCAAAUUAUAUAAAGUGUGGUCAUUCAAUAUAACGGUUUUUGAGGUAUAAAAAUUAUCUAAUGUUUAUUAUUAAAUUUAUUUAUGCUAGAGAAAAUUAUUUAUACUAGAAAAUGUGUGUGAGAGAGAGAAAGUGAGAUGUACCAUAUAUGUGUAUAUGCUGUUUUGAAACACUUCUAUAGGUUACUUUAUCAACUAGUUCAGUAAAAACUAACUUUUUUUAUCAAAAAAUUAAUAAGUAAAGCAAAAAUAUUAAUAAUAAGCAAAUCAUUAAGGGGCUAUACCUGUGUAAUGCAAGAAAAAGUAGGCGAUUCUAGUGAAUUUUCUUAGAAGAAAGUUCUCGAUCGAAUAUUUCGAAGUUUUUUGGACAUAAUAAGGUAUAUUUUCAGAUUCAGUUUACAAAAAUAUUGAAAAAUAACGGAGUUUUGUGCUGUCUUCGGAGGUGCCAAAAAAAUGCCUCACUUGCUGACAUGAUUCCGACCGAAUGAGUAGUUGAAACAAUAAAAUUCAAAAAGGUUAUUAAAUUUGAAGGUAUUUCCUAUACAAAAAUUAACCAAAUGGCGCAGUUCGAGGAAAAAAAUGUCGUUUAGGUAUAAAAAUUGUCGUUUUUAAUGCCAAAUUGACAAUGUUCACAAAUUCAAAAAAAGGUCACUCAUAGCCUGUUUUAAUUUGAAGACGAUCGGCCAAUUUCUCGUUGAGUUAUGAUGCCAGCAAUUUGAAUAUCGUUUCGUGAAAAACGCGUUUAAAGUUUCGACUAUAACGGCGUACAUAUACCCAGGUCGCUCUUUAGAACGCUGCCAUUCAAAAACUAUUCAAUAUACGACCUUACCGCUUUCACAGGAUAUUUUUGAAGGUAUAAACUAACGAAGCAAAACAAGAAAAAUCGUUUUUUUUGAAAGUGUCACUCUGGUAUAGCCACUUAAUGUCAAUAAAAAAAACUUUUUACCAAUAUUAUCGUACUUAAACAAAGGCUUGGUCCGGUUAGAUCCAUUAUGUAAUAACAAAAUUAAGUAAAAUUUUGCUAGAAUAUGCUAAAAAUUUAUUAUUAUAGCGCAAGCUCAACCUCAAACAUCAAUUUCUUAAAACAGAUUCAGACUUGUUAUGUAGAACCGACUGUCUGGAGAAUGGUUUAAAUAGAUAUCAACUCGAUAUAAGUCAUAGCGAAAUAAGAAGAAUCCCACUUUAGUUCAGAGUAUAAUAAAAUAUGAUAGCUGUUUUUACAAACUAGUUUAUCCUAACUGGCGGAUUUCAUUUUCUAUAGUGACAAUGAUUCGCUUGACAAUAGUCUCUAUAGAUGCGGAUCUUAUUUAUUAUUAUUGUUUUAAUAUGUAAUGACUUGUGGAAAUUAUGCGUAUUAUAUAUAUGUAUGAAGGUAUAUUCACGAUGUUUUUAUAUACUAUCUGUUAGUUCAAAGUUCGAAAGCGUGCAUAAGCGGUUUAAAGGGGCUCGUCUUGAAAACAAAAUCGUUAAGAUAAGCGACAAUCGAAAGUAUAGAUUAAUACAUAAAUACACUGUCUGCACUGAGAAAUAUAGAAAUAUAAAUUAAUAUAUAAAAAACAGGAAGAAGGCUUCACAAAAAUAUUUUCAAAAAUAUAAUAACAUUUUAUUUCACAAAAACAAAAAAGAAUAAUAACCUAAUUUGUAAUAAUAAUAAUAAAUUUGUAAUUUGAUUAUGAUUUAGGUCUCUAGGGUGUGAACAAUUGUUUUUAACAUUUAUAUGAACUUUUAAAUGGACGAAAUAGAAUUAUAACCAGAAAAAUUAGAAUAAUUAUUAUUACUCCACACGGUUUGGCAAAUCAAAAACUCAUGAUUUUUGCCAUUACUCAAAUUUGCGGUUAUAAAUUUCAUCAAAUUAACUUAUUUGUUAAAUCAGCACAAAUUUUUCAAUUAAAAAGGCGUCGCAAACAAUUUUGAUUAAUAUGUAUGUAUAUACGUCAUACCUUUGUAUAUAAGCUAAUGUUGUUUUGUAUGGAGCAAUAAUCAACUAAAUCACGCAAUUUUUAUGCGCCGCAUAUCACGAGCUCUAAACUUAUGUAUGCACAUACAUGCCUUCAUAUAACAAGCAUAUGGAUAGAAUAUAUGCAAAAUACAUACAUACUUUUAUAUAUAUGUAUGUUAUAUAUCCACUAGUUCUAAUACUAGUAGUAGUAGCUUCUCUUCAAAACCGCCAAUUUCUUCAAAUACACUAGCGAAAAUAAACAAAUGAUUGCGAAAAGCUUCCUAUGCAAGAUAUAAUUUUUUUCAAUUCUCAUUAAUUAUCUGUGACUAAGCGGUGAUUUGCAUGCAAACAUACAUACAUAUGUAUAUAUAUAACAGCUGUCAAGUAACUGAUAAAAUGUGCAAAAAGUAUGACCUUAAUGCAAUAACGCUUUUGCCAUACAUAUAUACAUACAUGAGCACAAACGCACGUACACAUAUUAUAUAGUUGAUAUAUAGUUCAUCCAAGAUCAACAAAGGACAUAUUUAUGAAUUAUUAAAACAAAUUGUAUACAGAGUAUGUAUGUAUACAUAAAUUAUGAUGCGCGUGGGAGCUAAUGCCUCUUUUUAAAUACCAAGAUAUUUAAAUUUUCCGUAUGACCUUGACAUUGAUUGGUUUGAGUGAAAGCAGACUCGAUAAGCCAUUUAGAAUAUUUCCAAUAAGCAGACUCGAUAAACCAUUUAGAGUAUUUCCAAUAAGACUAAAUUACAUACAAUAAUCUUCCUUCAGCUAAUUUCACCACAUUCUCAAAUGUUUAAAUAAUAUACAUAGUUAGUAAGCAACAAUAACUAAGCAACAUUAUUACAAGCAGUCACUUAUUUAAUGCAGCAACAAUUUCUUUCCAUCUUUUCACAACAAAUAACAAGCGCAAGUUGAAACCAAUAAUAUUUUUUAUUAAUUUUUUUUUAUUAUUUUUAGCACAAUGCUACCAGACAUUUAUGUUUUUUUCUUUUUUACAUAGAACUUGAAUGGUCAACACGCCGCCAAAGGUAUGUUUUCAUGUGCGUUUUACAUAACAACACUAAUAUUCAACAAUUAAGCAAUAUGUUUUUGUUUUUGUUUUGGUUAAGCAAUAUAUUUUUUGUUUAAAAGCCAGUUAAUUAGAGAUAGUUAUGGCACAGUUGCAAAAAAAAGAAAGAUAUGUAUUUGAAAUAAUAAAUAAAUAAUUUGUUGUGUUUUUGGUCUUUUCUUUAUUUUUUUUUAUCAUUCUGCUAUGACUAUUUUAUUAUACCGAAAUGAAAUUAUCAUUAAUAAUAAUAAUUUAAAGUAGUUUUAUAUAAAAAGAACAAUUAAGAAAUAAUAGUUCUGUAUAUAAAGUUUAAAUAAAAUGUUUAAUAUAACAAUUAAAAUGGUUUUAAAGUAUAUGAUAGGAUGAUGAUAAUCAUAACUGUGCACAAAAUUUCGUUAACAUUUCUUGUUGUUGUUGGUCGGUUUGACGUAGUAGGUGGCUAUACAGUUUAAGGUACUAGGUUUGCAUUUAUUGUAUUCCCGUUGGUUUAAGAUCAACUUAAUUUGCCACACCCACCACACGAUGUUAAUUAAACUUCUUUAAUUACACUUAACUGUGCAUGUUGGAAUCAUUUAUUCAUUGCUCAACACUCAACGAUUUACUGUGGCUUUCUGAAAGAUUUGC